AUGUAUCGAUCCAUCCUCUUAUUAGCUUCAACAAUCCUACCUGCCAUUGUCAGUGCCCAACAAUUGGCAGAUGGUUCAAUCGUUCCAUUCUCAUCCGACCUGCCAUCCUGUGCAUCACAAUGUGGACCUCUUUCCGAUGUUCAAGGAGCUUGCGUUCCGCCUGUUACUGCCGAUGUCUCUAGUUCGUGCUUUUGCGCAGAUUCCACAUUAACACCCUUUCUUACGGGAACAGCUGGAGUUUCUUCUGUCUGCGGUGCCACGAGUUGUACAUCAACCGCAGAUUUACAGAGUAUCGAAACCUGGUACGAGCAAUAUUGUAAUACGGGAUCAGCAUCAACCACUACAUCGAGUAGUGGAAGUGCAUCCACUUCUGACUCGAGUUCGGGCUCGAGUUCGGAUAGUACACAUAAAUCAUGGUUCUCUACUCAUGCGAAAUGGGUUGCAAUGCUUAUUGUACUUGUCAUCGGAAUUACGGUUGUUUGGCUCAUAGCAUUCUAUUUCAGACGACGAUAUCUUCGAAGGAGGGAGAGGGAGAUUGAAAUGAGACCUCCAGUUGCUUUGGGACCACAUCAACUCCAAAGUGCGACAGGAGGGUACAGUCAUGGAGAUGGUGCUGUUAAUUCGGCUGAAGGAGGUCAUCAUAAAGAGGCUACUAGAGCAACCGUGACAUCUACGCCAGCGGAGGCAACUAGAGGUAAAAGAGAAAGAUUCAUGAUGGGGGCGUUAGGUUUGGUAAUAUGGUAUGGUGUUUGGGGAAAGGUCAAAGACAUAUGGUCUGGAUUCUGA